AUGGAAAUCAAAAAGGCUGCGACGGCGAUCGGCUGUAUUAUGAUGAGGGCUGUGCUUAUGAUUGCCAUGAAUGGACACAUCGUCGUCACAGCUACAAUCGAUGUCGAGGACGUGCGCUCACAUUGCACAUCCUGCAGCCGCGGGCUCCAGGCUGCUCGUUCUAAGGCUUUUCAUCGGAUUGAAGCGCCGUUUGCACUUUCAAGUGGAAAGUUUGACGAUACAGAUGAGGCAAUGGCCCUGGGUAUCCAGGCUAAGCUUUCUGGGGCAAGGUUUCAUACUCCAGAGGAAGAAAUAGCAUUUGGUCCAGCCUGCUGGCUCUGGGACUACCUCAGGGGCUCCCGUAUCGAUUCCUGCACUACAGCUGUGAUAGUAUAUUCCAUGUGCCACCUCGUGGCUGAGGCUGCACGCAAGGGAGACAAGCAGGUUAUUCUUGAUGCAAGACGAAUGGUAGGAGAGCCGGAAGACUCAAUCUUCCACACGUGUUACAUGGGCACCGAGAACUCUAGCGCAGAAACGAGAAAGAGGGCCAAGGGCCUCUCAGAAGCGAUCGGAAGCUACCAUGUAGACUUGAACAUGGACACUCUUGUCACCUCUGCCCAUAACCUGUUCGCGUUCGUUACUGGUAUGCGACCUCAGUUCAGAGCCCAUGGCGGAUCUGGCGUGAAGAAUUUGGCGCUGCAGAACAUCCAGGCACGGUUACGGAUGCUCCUGGCUCAUCUCUUCACUCAACUACUUCCUUGGGUGCGAGGCAGACAGGGUGCACUCCUCGCCCUUGGCAGUGCGAACGUCGAUGAAAGGUAUCCUAUCUCGAAAGAAAUGCCAACCGAACUCACAUUAAUCCCAGCUGAUAUCAAUCCUAUUGGGAGCAUCAGUAAGACUGAUCUCAAGAAGUUCAUUGCCUACGCUCGGGAUGCGUUUGAAAUUCCCAUCUUGAACAAAGUUAGUACAGCUGGUUUUUUGACCGCCAUACCGACCGCUAAGCUAGAGCCAAUUUCAGAGACGUGUGUCCAAGUAGAUGAAUGGAGAAGUGUACCAUAUGGCAUGUUCACGAAGCUGGAGCACGAGUGGGGCUCAUUCCUGUCUCCCAUUCAACAUUUCUUCCUUGAAUAUGCGCGCAACCAUCAUAAGAUGACAACUCUGACACCGGCAUACCAUGCAGAAUCCUAUAGCCCAGAUGACAACAGAUUUGAUCUGCGUCCUUUUCACUAUCCCUCAAGGUUCCCGUGGCAGUUUAAAAAGAUAGAUGAACUAGCUGCAGUCCUACCUAAUCGCUCCAACUCGGCUGCAGAUAAGACCAAGACUGGCUGAAUAAUGUAGAGAUCAAGUCCGUGUACUUAGACGACAUAAGGCCUUGAGACUCUAAGUCACAAUGAAACGAUACUUUGUAUUCCAAUAUGGCGGACAUCAUGCGAGUA